ACAAAACAACCGUUAGAGCUUAAAUAGGGAAAGCCAACGUGGAAUGUUACCUUCCACAGCAAAACCCUUUUAAACAAAGUUGCAUGGGCUUCACAGUUUAAGGUUUAAACAGUCCAACCCUCCUUUUGUUGUCUUGCGACAACUCUUACGUAUUUUCUGGUUGCAUUUUAGACAAUUACACACAAAGGAAAAAGGGCAAAAAAAAAAGCUAUGGCUUCCAUGCCUUUCUCUGCAGCCUUUCCUUCUCCUCUUCAUGGUUUUUCUCAAAUAAAAAAGAACUCAGUUUUGUCUUCUUCAUCGUCUUCCAUGGCUUUCUCAAUUCCUUCCGUCAAAUCAUCGCUUGGGUCUUCGAAAUCAGGCUUUUUGCAACACGGGUUCUCCUUACAGUCGCUUACGGCUUCUGGGUUUGUCUUCAAAUCUAGAUCUUCAAGGAUUUUUGCAAGAGCAGCUACGGAGAAGACUCUUUACAACUAUACUGUGAAGGAUAUUGAUGGGAAGGAUGUUUCUCUUAGCAAAUUUAAGGGAAAAGUUCUCUUGAUUGUUAAUGUUGCUUCAAGAUGUGGUUUGACAACAUCAAAUUACUCUGAGCUUUCCCACAUACAUGAGAAGUACAAGACUCAAGGAUUUGAGAUUCUAGCUUUCCCUUGCAAUCAGUUCGGCGGACAAGAGCCUGGAUCAAAUCCGGAGAUUAAACAAUUUGCAUGUACCAGGUUUAAAGCAGAAUUUCCAAUAUUUGAUAAGGUUGAUGUGAAUGGACCGAAUACAGCUCCUGUUUACCAAUUUCUGAAGUCAAGUGCAGGUGGAUUUUUGGGUGACCUGGUCAAGUGGAAUUUUGAGAAGUUCUUGGUGGACAAGAAUGGCAAAGUUGCCGAGAGGUAUCCACCAACAACAUCGCCUUUCCAAAUUGAGUUUGACAUUAUUACUCUUCCCACUUGUUCUGUGGUAGAUAUGUUGAGAAAUACUGGUGGCUGGGAUAUUUGAUUGAUAUAAAAGUAAAACAUAUUCUGCAACAUUCAGUACUUUUUUUCUUUCUGGGGCAUUGGAAUGCCAAUGCUGUAGACAACUUUCUUGUCUGAUAGAAAGGUCAGAACAAUUAUAUCUUACCGGCUUCGGCUGGUAUCAGAAUUUGUGUUACAGUCAACUUAAAAGCUGCUAUAAGAUAAUGGAAGCCAAUUCCUUUGAAUUUCCUGAAUUGGAUGACAAAUUCAGUAGUUCUAUCACUACUGAGUGAUAGCACUAAGUUAUCUGGUGGGUGGGACUUAUUGCUUUUCCCCAUUGAUUUUUUUCAUUUCAUGGCCUCAUAUUGGAAGUAGUUUGUUCUGAACUGGCCUUUUUGCACCCCCAUGCUGACACUUGUUCAUACUCAGUGCAAUAGAUAUGUGCACAUAGUUGUUAAAUGGUACAGGAUAAAAACACUUUAUGUUGUGAUCUGGUCCUAAUUUUAACGGAAGCACGGCACUAAUCCUUAGUAGUACCUUAAGAAAGAUGUACUUUUAUCUAGAACAGGAUUCAACUAAUCAAUGAAUUUAA